UGUAUUUUGUUCAAAGUAGAAAACCUCGUAAGAGGAAUAUAUGAGGUCGCUUUUACAGUCUCGGCGAUACUUUUCUCUUCCUUUCAUAUGCUACUGUCCCUCACUGCAACCAAAAACGGAAACUUUGAUCCAAACAUCACCUUCCCUUUAUAGAACUUUUCAAAUCUCUUCUUAUUUCUCACCCUUUACUCUACUCAGAUCUCAAUCUUCAUUUCUUCACUCAUUGGAGAUUUAGGGUUCCUGCUCCUGCUUGUUCUAUUUCUGGAUUUUGAUGCUUGAGUUCUGUGUUUUCUAAAGCAUUGACAUGGGGAAAGGAAGAAGUCCUGGGAAAUGGUUCAGGAACUUGCUCUUGGGGAAGAAAUCAUCCUCAAAGUCUACUUCAUCGAAGAAGAAUGAUAUUUUUAAAACUCCAAGUGACAAGGAUGUGCUGGUGUCUUCUGGGGUUUCCGUUUCUGUUCCAACUGUGGAUUCUUUGCUGAUAUCCCCACCAAUAUCUGGAGCUAAUGAUACUAAAGGAGUGCUUUCAGAAAAGGAGGUAGUUAGUAUUUCAUCACAUGAUGAUAGGGAUGUUGUGUCAACGGGAGAUGCAGAGGCAGUGCAAGCUGUUGCUUAUUUUGGAUCUCAAGAGGAUCUUGAAAAACUCCAGCUUACAGAAGCAGCUAUAAAAUUUCAGGCUGCUUGUAGAGGCUAUCAGGCCCGUCAGACAUUUCAAACACUCAAGGGUGUCGUUCAACUGCAAGCUCUUGUUCGUGGCCAUUUGGUUAGAAGACAAGCUGUUUCUGCUUUAUACUGUGUGAAGGGAAUAGUUAAAUUUCAAGCAUUGGCUCGUGGUUACAAUGUUAGACGUUCUGAUAUUGGGCUUGCAGUCCAGAAGAUUCAUAAGGAUACUCAAUGUUCAAAUUCUAUAGGGGUAGUUUCAUCCUCAAAAGCAGAGAAGCUGUCAGAAAGUGUCUUUGUUCAAAAGCUUCUGGCUUCAUCCCCGUAUGCAGUUCCUCUAUCUCUCAAUGGUGAUCCUGGAGAACCUAGCUUGGCUUCAAAGUGGCUUGACCGUUGGACAAGGUCACACUUUUGGGCUCCUCUUCCUGAGUUAAAGAAGAAACUUGACCCUGUUUCUGAUGAGAAAAAUGACAGUUCUCAGACAGUUGAAAGGGGACAAGUUAAAAGAAAUACCCGGAAAUCUCCUGCUGUCAAGGUUGGUGAUGGCUCAAAUUCUGGUUCUAACAAAUAUAAACAGCGUCCAAAAAAGGAUUCAAGUCACCCAUUGCCUUCAGUUCAGGAACACCCACAAAAAGAAACUGAGAACAGUAGUUCUAAACAAACUCGUGCACAUAAUGUUUCAGAUGGAUCUGAGGUUGUUAAUGAAAAAAGAAAACAUAGCAGUAGAAAAUUUUCAGAUCAUACUGCCACUGAUGUUUCAGAGCAGGGCACAGCUGCCUUGUUAGAGAAAACGAAGGAUUUGAAAUUGGAGAAAAUAAAGGAUUUGAAAGUGCCAAAGUCGAAAGAGUCCAAUCGUGAGAAAGGUCUUGGACAGCAAGCAAAAGAUGAGAAUGAUAAUCUGACACUUAAUGAUCCUAUUGCUGUCUUAGAUACUAGUGUGAAGAAGGGUGGAGAUCAAAGGAUUCAAGGAAUCAAUGAGGAUUUGAGUGGCGGUGACCACUGUAUCAGUAACAACUGCCAAAGAAGAGCUUCACUACCUGGCAAUUUUAAUGAUCAAGAUAAUGAGUUAAAUAGUACUCCAAGAGUGCCUAGUUACAUGGCACCUACUGAAUCUGCAAAAGCUAAGCUAAGAGGACAAGGCUCCCCAAGAUUUGCUACUGAUUUGGUAGACAAAAACAGUAUAACCAGGCGCCAUUCACUUUCAUCUUCACUUAAUGGCAGGUCAGGUUCAUUUUCCCCGAGAGCUGAAAGACUGGUAGCCAUGAGCGGUAGAGGAGUGAUGAGGUCUGAUAGAUCUCUGUCAUCUUCAAGGGAUGGGACUGAAAAGUUGAUCCAACCUCAAUGGAGAAGGUGAUUCUACGUAAUUUUUCAGGACAAGGGUACUUCAAGGAGGUAUAAACUUAAAUAGUAAAAAAUAUGCUGACCUACAUUACGGCCUUUCUUCACUUUUCAUUUUCAUUAUAUUUGUGGUCGUGGAUACAAAAAAGGAUACAUAUUGUGAUCAGAGUCUGGUAUGAAAUUUCUUUCAAUAGGAGUACUUUGGUGGGUAUAUAUUUAAUUUAGCGUCUGUGAUGUAUUAAUCAAAACAUUGGUUCAAACAUUGUCAUAUAUUUUUAAAUUUGAGAAAGCUUUUCAGAUCUUAUAUGAGCAAUCUAAAGAAUUUAUAGUGACGUUG